GGCUUCACAUUUAGCGGAGAUGGAGGAUUCCGGAACUGUCUGUAAUUUCUGUAGACAAGGUGAUGAAGAAGCAUCAGAAUUAUGUGGAAAAUUACACAUUAAAAGGAUUGAUGAUGGCCAGAUAGUUGCGGCCCAUCAUAAAUGUAUGCAAUAUUCAGCUGGCCUUAUCCAGUAUAAAUUUGACCAUUUUGGUGGAUUCAAGAUUGAAAAAGUUCAAGCUGAACUCAAAAGAGGAAAAUGUAUCAAAUGUAACAUUUGUAAAAAUGACAAAAUGAGGAAGAAAAAAUGCAGUCGAGCAACAUCAGGAUGUGCUGUGAAAACUUGCCGAAAAUCCUUCCAUUACUACUGUGCCAAAAAAAGUGAAGCCUGCAUUACAAAGAGAAUGCUUGUUCGCUAUAAACAGUCAGACGAGGAGAGAGUUUUGUACAGAGUUUUUUGCUGUCCUGAGCAUGAACAAUAUUUCAAGAAUCACAAAGAAGACCUAAUAAAGGGUAAUUCAAGUGCUGGAACUAGUGAUUCUGACACUGAUGACCCAUCGGACGCAGAAAAUGAGGACACUAAUAGUUCCAAUUUCAAAAAUGAUGAUGAUGAAUCCAACCAAACAGUAGAUUUAGAUCCAACAGAUGUACUGAUGACAACACUGUAUAGUCCGAACACAGAGACCAAACAUCUUCACGACAGCAAAGAGAACUGCAGCAGCACAGACCAUGAGGAAGUGGAAGGUGACAUUGAACUUAUUUAUCAACGGAACUCUGUAGACUGGCAACCAGAAAUUCUCACGGUACAAAGUUUGAAUAAAGUUGAGAAAUCAGAAAACGGCACCCAAUCUUGUAGUUCCGUUAAAUUGUUUUCUGAUCCAAUGGGUGAUGAAGAUAAUGAUAAAACCACUCCCUUAGGUUUAAAUACACCAUCAGAUUACAACAGCAAUGUCAUUAAACUCAUUAACAAGACCAAAGACAGGAAAAUUGCUGCAACAUUUCAGAAAACAGUAAAAAGUCCUAGAAAAGAGAUUGGAUUGCAGGUUACAAAUGGAAAUUCCAGUGAAACCGAGGGAAGAAUGGAGAAAAGGGGCAAAAAGGAAACUUUUGAAAGGUCCAGGAAAAGUGAUCAAAACGAAACUGGAAGGAGUCCAUCUAAUCACGAAGAUAGCAGCAACAGGUCGACAACUGAAAAACAAUAUCCAGGCUGUGUGCUUGUUGUCAUGAAUUCCCUGCCAUGUGAUAAAAGGACUAAAAAGGACAUAAAAAAGCAAAUUGGAGCUACAUCAGAGGUGGUGUUUUGGUCCAAAGAGGAGGACUUCCAAGGCUUACACAAGGAGCAUCUGCCAUAUCUAAUGAAUGACAUUGUCACUCAUCUUAGUGAUAACGAUGUACCAGAUCUAAUUCAGUUACUGACAGAUGAUAGUCAUCUGACCUCGCGCCUAUUGAUACACAACUAUGCCUUAAAUCUUCACAGGAAGUUAGAGGAGAACAUUACUGAACUUCUAAUGGAAUCACUCAUGACGUCUAUAGCUGGCACGGUAAAAAAAAUCAACAACAAGCAGAUUUGUCAGCUACUUACAACAAAGGAUGGCACAAUAGCCAUAGCAAUUUGUGUUGAUGAUAAUAUAGAUCCAAAAUACGAACUGCGUUCAACAUUAGGUAUUGAAGAGGUGUCCAAAUGUUGCCUCCAUAUGUUGACAGGAAAAAUGCCUCGCCUAAGUGCGGGGGCUGUUCUUGAGCAGGAGAAGGAGGCCUCUAAUCUGACUAGUUGGAUCAACAAAACAUUUGAAGGUCAGCCUAAGGUGCUGAUCCACCCAAAAGAGAAAAUUCUACUAGAUGAUAGUGUCCAGUCUGUGUCUCAUAUUGUUGCCCUACAGCUGUGCAGUAGAGCAAGAGAUGACGAGGGGACAUCUAUGGAGGAAGGGGUGAGCAAUGUCGGGACUACCAUUGUUUGCAUUCGCAGGAUGGACACCGAGAUAGUGAACUACAAACAAUUCUGUCACAAAUGUAUCAUUAAUUACCUUCCUUUCAACAGACCAAUGGUGGUCGUCCUUGACAUUGUGAACAGACAGUUUGAGGAUGUGGAUGACUUGGUGCCCGAGGAGGUUAGGGACGGCUAUACAGUUGAUACGUACACAGUAAGCCAACCAACUGGCGACACAGUGUCCUCAGUAUUACUUCACUUCUACACACACAAUUCAUCACAGAGAAAAACAGGCAGGGAAUCUAAUGAUGUGAAGUCACCAGUACCAAGCAGCUCUAAUAAAGGAUUAGGGAAUGGUUUGAAAAGUGAGACAUCCAAAAAGAGAUUACGCGACGAUAGUUCAGGCACUGACAGCAGUCCAGCAUCUUCAUCUAACCGUCCGUCCAAGGUUGACCAACCCUCACCUGGCUCCAAGAGGAAACGCACCAAUUAUAGUCCAAUGAAAGCAUGAAUUUAUAUGUUCUGCAUUAGCAUUGUUGUCAUCUUUAAUGUAUGACUGUUAUGCCACUCCAAAUUGAAUUGUUGUUCUAUACUUUAAGUGGGAGAAAAUAAGUGUACAAACAAUAGUAUUUUUGGUCAUCGUGCAUUGGUUGUAAUUCAAGUAUGUAGUGGUGCUUUUGUAAUUGAUAUUGGAUACAGAAUGAUGUAGGUGCUGCCACUCCAUCUGUUUGUAACAACCGUACAAUCUGGUGUAAGUAUUUGUUUUUAAAUAGCACUGUUUGUAUGGUCUAGUGUAUAGGAUUCAUAAUGAAUCUAGUACUACAAAUUAAAUCACCUAUCAAUUAUUAGAAAUUAGCAAAGUUCAAAAUAGCUUUAUAAAGUGAAAAGCUAAAACAUGGAAUGUAUGGUUGACACAAUGGUAAGACUGCAAGAGUAUUGGAACUAUUUUCUGAAAAUUCAGUAUAAAGCAAUCCAAAGAUCAAAAAGUCAAUUUGGUUUGGCCUAACCUUUUUUUUAAGAAGUUUGUUUUGUAAUACAUUUUGUUAAGAAAAUCUUGGGAAAAAUUUCAUAUUUUUCAAUGAAUUCCAUUUUUUGUGAACAUAUAUGUUUAAGAAUCCUAAAUUCCCAAAAUAUGUUAAGAAGUUGUGUUCAAUUAGGAUGUUAUAAACAAUUACUCUGUUUCAUUUGUCUCAUUGACUUUGUUGGAUGUGAUUACUCGGUGAAGUCGCGUCUCGCCAGUUAUUUCAACACUUUUGUCUAGUCAUUUAAGGAAUACUGGAAACACUCUAAGCAUUGGUUUGAAGAGUCCCAAAACAACCAUUUCCAGGUGCCAGAAUUUUCACUUUUUCAGUAAGCUGGCACAAGCCACACAUUCAUUCCCUUGGUAGUUUUUGUUUUGCCGCCAUGAAGUGGAAGCAUGGAUCUAAGGUUAUUGAAUAUUGAAUAUAGUGGUGGCGAGACUAAGCUGUUGCUUUUUCUGGCGGCAGCGUCAACAUUAAGUUUUUGCGUUAAGUUAGAUUCUCUGAUAUGUAUGUUGAUGGUCAAAGCGGGGCACAGGUGAGACAUCAAUCCGAAUGGCUUGUACAUGUAGCUAAUACUAUAAUACCUAGCAAAAGUGAUUCAAUUUAGAAGAAUGGUGCAAUAAAAAAGGACAAAUCUCUCUUUUGGCCUCAGACAGAAAUGAUAUGCAAUUGCAUAAUGGAAAUAUAAAACAAUUGGCAGUUAAUGCUUGAAUUACUAUACAUGAAGCAAAACCUACAAACAAUCUUCUCAGUAAAUCUCUGAAAAAACUGACUAAGAAGAGUUUUAAUUGAAAAGGUUUGAAACAGUCUUAUUUGAAAGUAUGGCAUAUUUGUAUUUUACUGCAACAUGAUACUGUCACAUUUCUUUAAAAUCUAUAAAUUGUUAAUAAAGAACAGGUACAGUAUAUGAAGAUAAUGUUCAGGUUGUGUUGCUGGGUAUAUUCCUCGUGUAGCUCUUGUGAUAAAGAUACCAUGAUAAUACUUGUUAUUGUUAUCGAGUACAAAUUUGAGUUAGAAUCAUUGUUAGUAUAACAUCUUUAAACAAUCGUAGUCACCUAUAUUGUACUAUAUAUUUAUAGUGUAUGAUAUGGUGCCAAAAUAUAUUGAGACACCAUUUAUAGGAAUCGAUACUUUGCAUUACCCCACUUUUAUUAUUAGAAGAAAUAAGAUAUGAUUGGGAUUCCUGUGAAUUAGGAUUGACUACUUAUAUUAUUGCAAUAGUUGAAGGAUAUAUGCAAGUGUGUAAACAAUUUUUGGAUCAUUUCUGUCUAAACAUAAAAUAUAAGAUCCGACCGGUUCUCACCAUUAUAUUCCAAACUUGAUUUUUUAAAUGAUAAUCUGAUGGCAUAUGUUAACAGAGUCAAUGUAUGACCAAAGUAGCAUGGGGAAAAUAGCCACUACAUACAGUUGAUUAUUUAAAGCAUAGUAAGUCUGCUGUUAAACGGGACACAUUGUUGUUAAAUGUCGAAGUGAUUCCAUAGUAAUGCAUGGUUACUAAAUAUUGAAAUACAGAUACUUGUACUAUUAGUGCUUCAGGUUUUCUGUCGUACAAUUCUGGAAUGGUGAAUGUUCUUGAAGGUUCGUCAAUAAUUUGACAAAAAUAUGGUGCUUUUUAGCCAAAAAGAGUAUUGUGUUAAUUAUAUGACCAACAAAAUAUUAUAAUUAAAAUAUGUAUAAGUAAAUGUGAUCUGCAUUCAUUCUGGAUGCUAGUUCAAAGAGUGAACAGAUCCAUUUAUGGUUUUGACCAUUUUUGAGUUUUUCAAUGAAAUAUCUAUAUUUACUUUUUGUAAAGUUAAAAGUAUAUUUUCAGAAGUAUUUCUGCAAGAAGCAUAAAUAUCGGUACUAUUUUUGUGUAUAUAUUAUUGGAAUAGUUAUUACCUGAAAUACAUUUUAUUAUUUUGUAGGCCGUGUAUAUUUUGUAUGUACAUAGUAAUGCAUCUUUAUAUUGCACCUUGUUAUAUACUGUCGACUUAUUAGCUCACCUGGCACGAAGUGCCAAGUGAGCUUAUGCCGUGGCGCGGCGUCCGUCGUCC